UUAAUUCCCUUCACACCAGUUUCACUCAUAUUUUGGUUGAUCUACAUAUCUCCAAAACCCUUAUAGUAGAUAUUGCACCUAAAAUUGUCAACGGAAACAACAAUUCAAAAGGAAAAAAUCGCAUCCAUUUUAAUAUGAAUUUACACAGUAUUGCAUUGACUCUAGAAGCCAGUAGGCUUACGUAAUCUGUAACGUUUGUUGGGACUGCGUGGGGGCAGACGAUUAAAGGAGCAGACGACUAAGGAUUUUGACAAUGGCAGCCCCUGUAGAGAAAGAGAAGCGGCACGUGGCCAUGUUCCCGUCGGCCGGAAUGGGCCAUUUCAUGCCUUUCCUUCAUCUAGCACGAACUUUAGCAAUUCGCCACGGCUUUGCCGUCACAUUCAUCGCGGCCGCACAAACGUUUCUCCGACUGAAACUGCACACGUGCAACGCUUGGCUGCCUGUGGCCUUGACAUUCAUGUCGUGAAGCUCCAGAUCAACAAAUCCCAGGAAGCCGAAGGGGACCCAUUUUUCGCUCAAUGGGAAGCCACGAAAGCCUCUGUGCCCGCCUUCGAAAACCUCCUCGCUUCAGAUCUGCUGAAACAGAAUCCUCCCGUUUCGGCCGUCAUAACGGAUCCCGUACUCACUCCCACAUUGUCCAUCGCCGCCAAGCUCAAUAUCCCAACUUAUGUUCUGUACCCGUCUUCUGCAUUUAACCUGGGUUUCAUGCUCCACGUCCCCAUUGCAGACGCGCAGGGCUUCGAUUUCAGUGACGAGAAAGCCGUCCUGCAGAUCCCGGGUUUUCCUGCGCUGUGCGCCACGCAGAUCCCACAGGCGUUGAAGAUUAAAGAUCACAUAUUCCGUAGGUUUUUUCUCGCCAGCGGAUCGGAGGUCCCAAAGGCCUCGGGUAUUUUAGUAAAUACGUUCGAGGAGCUUGAACAACAGUGUCUCCAAAGUCUCCGGAGCAGACAUGAUCUGCCGCCUGUUUAUGCCAUUGGGCCCCUUUUUUUGCCCUCGGAAGAUUCCUCCACUUGGGAUGACGAAGCCGAGAGACGGUGUUUGAAAUGGUUGGACGCGCAACCUGCUAAGUCGGUCGUCUAUGUGAGCUUCGGCAGCCGCUCGGUCAUGUCGGCGGCACAAAUCAGUGAGCUGGCGUUAGGGUUGGAAAUGAGUCAGCAGCGCUUUUUGUGGGUUUUACGGACAUCUGUGGUGGAUGGUGCAGGGUCAGUGGAGGCAGCAGUUCCGGUAGGGUUUGAGGAGCGUUUUGGAGAGCGGGGGAUGAUCGUUUCUUGUUGGGUUCCGCAGGUGAAAAUCUUGUCCCAUGUUUCCACUGCUGCUUUUGUCAGUCACUGUGGGUGGAAUUCCGUUGUUGAAGGUUUGUGUUGUGGGGUUCCUAUACUUGCAUGGCCUCUUUUUGGAGAUCAGAUGAUGAAUGCGAGCAUUGUAGUGGAGAAUGCCAAGGCAGGGAUUGAGGUGAGAAAGGGGGAAGAUGGUAUUGUGAGCAGAGAGGAGGUUGCGAGUGGUGUGAAGGCAAUUGUUCAAAGGGAGGAUCUGACAUGGGCUGCAAUCGGCCUUCAACAGCGCGGAAGAAUUGCCAUAAUAGAAGGGGGCUUGUCUGAUAAGAGCCUUAAGGCAGCAUUUCAACUUUCGAAGUGAAAAGAUUUCUUUUUUCAUCCUCGGAUCAGAUGGAUAGUUGAUCCAAAACAAUUAUCUACUGGUUAACUUGAUCUUAUGAUUGCACUGUCAAAGAGGACUAUUUUUCUCUUCCUGACAUUGUUUAGUGAAAAUAAUUAUAAUAAAAUAAAUGUAGAUCUAUGAUUAUUAGUUACUGUCA